AUGGCUGCUCUCAACAUCACCCGCUGCCUCAAACUGUGUUUGUACGAUUUUUGGCCGUUCAAUCUUAUUAAAGGAACGUCCCCGCCGUAUGUAAUCGAAGGCACGAUCUUCGAGUACGUGAUGACGGAAACCCGCGCUUAUGGCAUCCAGCUGCCCAAUGGCACCUGGACGGGCAUGAUGGGCCUUCUUACACGGCAGGAGGUGGACAUGUCUGGGGUAGUGUUCUCCCAGCACGAGAGUCGUGUUCAUAUAACUAUUAAAGCUCAAAUGAGUAUUACAAAGACAGGUCAUAUGGUUGCUGCAUUGCGUGUACAUUCAGUUCGAUAUGGAGUAUUCUGUAUUGAAUUCCAGUUUUUAGGGCCGUUUAUGUGCAUUGUGUUUUUUGCCAUAGCACGCAUCCCGGAGCUCCCAGGAAUGAUAUACCCGGAAAGACUGAGAGGACUGAAUCUGACGAUCCUAGAAGCAAAGAAAGUAAGGGCAGUCAUCACCAACAACAAUCACCAGCAACAAGAAUCAACAACAGCCAUCACCAACAAUAAUCACCAGCAACAAGAAUCAUCAACAGUCAUCACCAACAAUUAUCUGUAUAUCGUUCCAGUCACGGCAUUGUGCUUUUUUUUUCUUCUUUUUCGUUAUAGAGUGUGGCAGCAGGAGGGUAGUGGAAGCGUGACGGGGACGGACCAGCAUGUAGCAUGGCGAGCCUUCCUCUGGACACUGGCGUCAACACUCUCACAGGGGUCAACAUGGUGGCCGAGGGCAUCAAGUGUUCGCAUCAUGGCUGGAACGUGGCUGCUGAUGGCUUUCAUCCUGAGUUCCAUAUACCGCUCUAACCUGAUGGCCAUGUUGACGCUGCCCAAGCUGCGCCUUCCCUUCAACAACGCAGAAGAACUUGCGCGCACCAGCAUCACCCUCUUCACAGGCGCAGAAAACAUAAUGAGUGUCGCUAUACAAGUAUUGAGUGAUAUUUAUGAGCCGAGCAGCGGGUAUUAG